CGACUUUGUCCUCCAAUCUUAAUUGCAAUGGAGGGAAGCGUCUCGAUGAAAAAAAGUACCGACAAGGUGGAAAUACUGGGAACUUCUCCCACAUCCUCUGAGAAAGAAAUGAAGGAGCUCAACUUUCGUCCUUAUGAGAAGCGCGCUGCCAUUCCUCUCUGGGUUUGGGUGCUCUUGGUGAUAGCUUCCGUGCUGUUUUUAGCGGGGUUUAUCACUCUCAUGGUAGCUGUUACUAAGAAACCUUCCUGUGAGGGUGGCAAGGUUGAUGGUGAUAAAGGCAACACUGGAAGCGACGUAAGUACGCCUUCGGUUUGUAAAUUCUCAGCAGAAGCCGAUCGAGUGAACCUGCCUGACUUCUUGAAGAGAGUGCAUGAGGAACAUUACACACAAAACACGCACUACGUUAUUUGGCGGUCAGAUGUUAUUGAUAUGCAAGAACAUGCUAAGCGAAGGUUUGCACCCUACAAUCCUGACCCAAAAUAUUUGAAACAAAAGACAGACAAAGCAAAAGAACUGCUUCAAGAAAUAAACAGCAUUAAAAUUGAUGAAAACAAAAUGAAACCAAGAGAAGUCAAGGCACUUUCUCAGGUCAAGCAUUUUCUCCAGCAUACAUUUGGUGCCCCAUAUAGUGAGAAUUAUUAUGCUGGAGACUGGAUGCUGGGCCCUGAUGUAUUUUGUUGGCAGUUAAUUUGUAAUCUCUAUCACAUCCUUGGUGCUUUUGUGUAUCAUGUUAAACCAAAGACUUAUAAGGAUGUGGAACUAGUUAUCAAUACCUUCAAGAGUCAUAAAACUUCAAUUGAUCGUUAUAGAGAAAAUAUGAAGUUAGGUGUGAAAGCUGGGAUGAUACGUACAGUAAUUGACUGUCAAGCUGGUGUGGAUGCUCUGAAGGAGAAAUACAGACAGCUUUCAUUGGCUGAUAACAGCAAAGGUAUCCUCAGUGAAGACUUUGUGAAGAACUAUAUUUUGAACUCAGACUACCUAGCUAAUCUGGAGGAUGGAGUGAACCAGAAAUGGUCCACUGCCCACAAUGGCAUGAGUGUGAAUGACUCGCUAAAAGAUGCAUUGAAAGAAGGUGUUGGCCAGCCUUUGUUAGAUCUGAUAAACUACCUUCAGACUGAGCAUAGGAGGCACUGUUUGCCAAAUGAUUUUGCAAGUGGUUUGGCCAACUUGCCUGUUGAUUAUGUGUACACUGAUGGUAUUGCUGACAAAAGUCAGCCCACCACAAAAAUUCUGCCAACUGGAGAGAAGCUGAAUGGUAAAGAAUCAUACAAGAUGAUUCUUUCAUAUUUUACAACUACUGACAUUUCGCCUGAGGAUAUUUUCGCUGAGGGAAAGAGACAGUUGGAUUUUUUCUAUGGCCAGGUAGUAGAUAUUGCGAAAAAGUACACUGGGAAAUCAAAUGAAACAGAAGCUAUCCAGGUAUUUCGCGAUAUACUGAACUCCUCCAGCAUGUGGCACAACAAUGGCUCUUUUCCCAAGAACGAAUCUGAUGAAAAUGCUUUCAAGAAGUGUACAAGUCCUCAGACAGCUGCUCAGUUCUGUCCCGUGAGGUGGAAGGCCGUCAACAAAUGGGCGCGGUACUGUCGCCAAGUAAUGGGGAUGCUUUAUCCAAAGAUCACAAAUGCGUUCUAUUUCACUGGUUCCAAGAACACAGUUCCAAACUGUCCUGUAGAGAUGUUACCACAUUACAAUCCUUCCAAUGGCGCUCAGUUUUUUAUGAUGUCUGAUGCAGAAUGUUCCAAACCCACUUACUUUGGUCUUCCAUUCUUUCUGAAAGACUUCGGCCCAAUCUUCCAAGAGUGGUCCGUUACCGGUCAUGAGGCUAGGCCUGGUCACCAUACUCAGGUGCAAGGCCAAGUAGAGCACUUUGCUGACCAGUGUGGAGGAAUACCAGGCUGGCUGGAUAACAACACAUACUACACCGCUUUCACUGAGGGCUGGGGAUUAUACAGUGAAAAUCCUAUUCUCUCUGAUGACACGGAUACGUACAAAGACAACCUGCUGCAGAAGUAUGGCAUGGUGAAAUGGCAGACCUGGCGUGCAGUACGACUUAUUGUGGACACAGGGCUGCAUUAUCGAGGUCUCAGUAGAACUGAAGCCCUUGCGAUGUUCGAAAAAUAUGCUUGGGACACUUCGGAUUUUGCAGUGAAGGAAGUUACACGGUACCAGAGCGUGCAAGGCCAGGCAACGGCGUACAUGCUGGGGAGACUGGCGCUAAUGCAGCUGCGUAACAAGACUAAGGAAGCCUUGGGGAAGAAUUUCAACCUUAAGGAUUUCCAUUACCAGGUGUUAAGUCAAGGGUCAGCUCCGCUGUCUUUCCUACAGUCUUAUAUCGAUAGGUACAUCAAGUGCAUGAAAAAGGAACUUGGGAACGAGGAGUGCAGUUAUGUGCUCAAACCGGUUAAACCUGAUAAAACCGCUAAAGCUGAAGUGUCUGCUAAGCAAAUGCCCCCUAUGAUUGAAAAAAGGCACUAUGUUUAGCCCGCCCAAACUGCUCUAGGUUGUUUUUCAGCGUUUUUGUUUUUUACAUUAGAUCGUUUAUCGAUUGUAUCAAAUUGUUUUGCCUGAGAUGUGUUUUUUUUUCUUUUUCAUGCUAGACUACCUUACGCACACUUGUAAAGCUCAGAAACUUACUAUUGAUAAAGCUUUGCAAAGUUAUAAUUUUCGUGAUAAAAUAUCAUCUGUUUAGUUUGUAAAGCACCGAUGGCUUAGUAACGGAACUGCAGUUUUAAAAAGAAACAGCUCUUUUUCAAGGGGCCGGCUGUUAGAAAGGCGUUCAGCGCGAAAACUAGAAUUUAAAAGUCAACCACUGUGUAAAUUUCUCUCUUUUAAAUGCACAUAUUGGAGAAAGGAUUAAAGGAAUUUUAGCCCGACAUAAAGCAAAACUGAAGAAAAUAGAGUAGAAAUGGCUCAAUUGUCAGCAAAUCAAAUAGUUCUAUCAAAUAUUCGCACUAAUCCUGGGUUGACUUAAUCGUCUUUUGAACAUACCGGCCCUCGGACAGAUUUUCGGUUGUGGUAAUCCAGUUGUAAAUGAUACUAUUAAAAUUACACAGUCCCUCAACA